GUGGAUGCCCGUUCCCCCGACCGGUCGAUUACCGAAACCGCAUUGCAACAUGCUCAUGGCACAAUUGCGGGAUUACUUGCACACUGCAGUACCAACUCUGUUGAUGGACGUCGGAGUAGAGGUUGUCGACCUUCACGCCUACAUCGCGAAGAUCGACCGCGAGUUCAAGAUGCAAUGGUACAACAACAUCGACGCAACAUUGCUAUAUGUACGCAUUCAGAUCGGAGAAGCGACCUGCAGCGCUUUGAUCGAUUGUGAGCAUCUCGCAACUACAUCAACGAUCAGAAACGUCGGCCCUCUCCCACGCAUCGACGAUCUUCUCGAGCGACUGGGCGGCGCCAAGUUCUUCUCCAAGCUCAAUCUCAAGCCGGAAUAUCACCAACUCGAGAUUCGGCAGGAGGACCACUACAAGAUCGCAUUUAAGACGCGAUAUGGGCAUUUCGAAUGGCUGGUUAUGCCAUUUGGCCUUACGAAUGCCCCGACCACUUUCCAAGCGGCUAUGACAACGGAGUUCCGACACAUGCUGGAUCGAUACGUAGUUAUCUACCUCGACGACAUCCUGGUCUACAGCCGGAGUUUGGAGGAGCAUGUGGAACACCUGCGCACCAUUUUGGAGCGGCUACGACAAACCAAGUAUAAAGCCAACCGCGACAAGUGUGAAUUCGCGCGGCAGGAGCUGGAGUACUUGGGACAUUAUGUGACGCCGCAAGGCAUCCGUCCGCUUUCGGACAAGAUCGAGGCCCUGCGAGUAUGGCCCGAGCCCACCAACACCACGAACGUUCGUUCAUUCAUGGGAUUGGCGGGCUACUAUCAGCGAUUCAUCACCGGAUACUCGAGGAUUGUUGCACCUAUGACGAGAUUACAAUCGCCAAAGGUGCCAUUCGUAUUCGAUGACGACGCACGCCGUCUUGGAACAGCACGACGGCGACGACUGACACCCUGUGGUCCUGUGGAGUAUUUCAGCCACAAAGUGCCUCCCAUCAACUCGCUUAAUGAUGCAAGGAAGAAGGAGCUGCUCGCAUUCGUCAUGGCUCUCAAGCGAUGGCGGCACUUCCUCCUUGGGCGUCGUACGUUCACAUGGGUUACGGACAACAAUCCAUUGACCUACUACAAGACGCAGGAUACGGUGAGCAGCACGAUCGGACGAUGGAUGUACUUCAUCGACCAAAUUGAAUUUGACUUCACACCGAAACAUCUUCCCGGCCUCUCAAAUCACGCAGCAGAUGCACUCUCGCGAAGACCUGAUCUUUGCGCUAUGACACAUCAUGCCUUCGCAUUCGAAGAGGAGCUUCAGCGACACUUCAUCCGGGACUACGAGUCCGAUCCAGAUUUCGCCACGCUAUAUGCGCAGCAAUCUUUGGAUCACCCACCAGCCAGCCACUAUCGCAUCGCCGAUGGGUACUUGCUCCUGCACUCGCGGGGCAAGGACUUACUAUGUGUCCCACGCGACCGCCGUCUUCGGACUCGCCUCCCUGGCGAGUAUCAUGAUUCCCGACUCGCCGGCCAUUUCGGAGUCAACCGCACUAUUGCACGACUUCGACAACAAUUCCGAUGGCCCGACCUCGUCACCGAUGUCACGAAGUAUUGCGACUCUUGCGAAGAGUUCGACACGAAGAUGAAGCCAAGUUCAACUCGGCAUCAACAGACAGACGGGCAGACGGAGCGGGCACAUCAAACCGCUCAAAUGAUGCUUCGUACGCUCAUCCGUCCGGACCAGAAAGAUUGGGUUGACCGCCUCCCCGACAUCGAGUUUGCCUACAACACUUCGGUGCACCCGGCAAUCGGCAUAACUCCAUUCGAGUUGCACCACAGUGGACGGAAAGGCCGUAUCUUCGCCGACCUUCUCCUCCCACGACCAGACGGCAUCGAUGCCGCUUGCUCUCCCGCGUCCGUCCGGAAGUACAGGGAAUUGCUGGCCCAAGUCCGGGCGAAUAUGCAAAAGGCUCAAGUUCGCAUGCAGCAGCAAGCCAACAGGCAUCGCGCGCCAUGUCCCAUCCGCGCCGGCGACCUGGUUUGGGUUUCCGCGGAAGAGUUUGCACUGGAACAGGAUGUAUCACGCAAACUAUUUCCCAAGUGGUUUGGACCAUGGCCUGUAACAUCAGCCGCGGGCGAUGAGCCCGAUGACCCUUCAUUUGUGAUCAACAUUCCCCCGCAUCUGACGGUCCAUCCAGUCUUUCACGCCUCAAAGCUGGCAACAUACACGCCAGCUAAGAGCAACGACUUUCCAGGCCGACGAUCGCAGGACCCUCCUUCUAUGGAUGGUCAUCAGGAAGUAGACCGCGUCAUCACCGAUCCCAAGUACGCCAGUAAGCCCCGACAGUACAAAGUGGAUUCAAAGCCUGCGAUCGCGACGACACUCGGUGGAUUUCAUGAGCAGAUUUGAAAGCAUCCGCACCGCUGAUCUACGCGCAUUAUGAGAAGC